GUAAACUGUCAAGCCAGAUAUAACCAUAUUCGUUUUGAAACUGUUAAUCCAGAUAUUAGAUGCAUAUUCCAGUGAAAUGUUAAGCUGAUAAUAGACUUAUAUUCGAUAUUGCAUGUUGUUUAGAUCAACUUGAACUGGAAAAUACAAUUUAACAAAUCAAAAUGGUGGUAUCUACCGGCCUUUCCUUCAUUAUAGCGUCUAUAAGUGCUGUGUUAAUAUUCUCUGGAAUGCAAAUGUAUAGACCUUGGCUCAAUUCAUCUCAAAUUCAUACAGUAUUUGGGGGAUAUUUAGGUUCCCUUUUUUUUACAUUCUCAUUGACUGCCAUAGGAAACCUAGAAAAUUGUGUUUUUGGCAAAACUUACCAAUCAAAAAUAUUCCCAGAAGCCUUUUUUGCAAUGUUGUUAGCCGUAUUUGCUUCAGGUAUGGUGCACAGAGUUUGUGCUACAACUUGCUUGCUUAUCUCAGGAUGUGCCUUGUAUUACAUCAAUAAGUAUUCUCAGAAGGUAUAUGCUGUACAAAAUGUUCCAGUUGUUACUCAAAUGAACCGCAAAAAGAAGAACUGACAACUAAAUUUUAUACGAGCUCUUUUUGAAUAUUUUUAUACUAAUAGUUGUUUCAUGAAACGUAUGUAUUUAUAGAUUACUUAUGGAUAAAUGUUUUUUUUGUAUUUCAAAUCCAUAUUAUGGAUGAAUGAACUCCGUGCUGGAAAUUAAUAGGACAAUUUUUUGGUAGGAAAUCAAUUUAUUGAAAUAAAAUCGAAAAAUUGAGAAACAUUAGUUGAAAUGCUAAUAAAUUAACAAUAUAAAAACCAAUGAAAUCACUGGUAGCUGCAAUAAUACUUAAUACCAAUAAAAAUAAAAUUUUAUAUAAGCUCUUUUCGAAUAUUUUUGUACUAAUACUUGUUUCAUAAAACUUAUGUGAUCAUAGAUAACUUAUGAGUAUAUCGUUUUUAUUUUGUAUUUCAAGCAUAAUUCUCUAAAUUUUGGGAUGAAUGAACUCCAUGCUGAAAUUAAAUAAAACAAUUUUUUGGUAGAACAUUUAUAUAUUGAAAUUAAAAAAUUGAAAUACAUAUAUUAGUCGAAAUGCAAAUAAAUUAACAAUAUAAAAAUCAAUAAAAUCACUAGUAGUUGCAACAAUACUUUAUAAUAAAUAACAAUAAACUCACAUAAAAAAUUUAUUAUAUUAAAAGUAGGCAAUUCUGUUCCAAUUUCUGGGCAAAACUCAGCACUCGGAGCAAGACGGUCAUCUAUCAUAAUUUCAUCCUAGAGAAAAAUUGAUAUAUUCAAUGACUAAAUAAAUAUAAAAGGAUUUCAUUUAUUUCUCCGAAUACUUACUUCACCAGUUUCGAUUUUAGGAAUACUGAAGUGGAGGGUAUCAGAAAGAACUCGGUUCUGAUGAUCUUUCCACAGAGGGUAAUCCAAAAAGAAGUUCUGCAGUAUUAGCUUGUCUUCUUCUGACUUUAGGUCUAACAUGAGAUUCUGGAGGAAGAAGCAUUCUAAAAAUAAUAAGAUCAUUUUUUAAAUGUGAUUUCCCAUUGCUCUGUUUAAAAUUAUGAUAAAAUUUUCUGAGUUAUUAAAAUUACUAUUUAUAUGCCUCAGUUCUUUUCUAAAAAUUUUUCGGUACAUACUGUGAAUCAACGGGAGAAGAAGAUCUUGAGGAAGUCGUUGAACUAGUUGUAUCAUUGGCGUUGCUUGAGACGCUAGUGAUGAGUUCUUUACCAAAUAUUGGAAUUUCAUUGUGGAGGACAUGAUCAAGCAACUGACCCUUAAUAUUAUUUUCUUGUUUCAGCUGUAAGAAAUAAUAAAUUUUACUGUUGUAUCAAAUGCAAUAAGGUUAAACAUUUCAAAAAAUAAGAAUUUUUGUUACACUUGAAAUUGAAUAAAAUACUAACUUCUUGUAA